AAUAGGGCACAGGGGGAGAAGUCAGCUAACAGGUGGGAACAAUGUCUGGACAAGGUAAUUCGAAGGGGAAACCUGAAUAUUAAUAAGGCAUGCCCAGACGAUAUGAACCAAAGCCAGCCCCCUCAGAGUCAGGCCUUGUAUGAGGCCACAGAGGACCUGAGGCAUUUGAUAAGAGGUUCUGGUCUGUCCUUAACCAAUAUUUUUAAAUAUUUGGAGGCAUUGAGUUACAUCUACCCACUCACUACAUAUGACUGGAAAGAACGGAUAAAACUAGUUCUCAGUGACACCCAAUAUACAGUCUGGUUAGCUGAAUUCCAGAAAAAUUGCUCUGUUCAUAUUAAAUACCUACAGGCAGACACCACGGCACAUCAGUCAAGCGGGAAAGCAAGUUAUAAUUUAGAUUCACAAUCAAAAUACCAUAAAGAGAUAGCCAGGCAAGUCCUAAAAGCUAUGGAAAACAUUUUCACUGCUGAUCCAAUUGACUAUCUGUCCAACAGUGAAGAGUUACAAGGUUUAUACUGAGUUAAAUUUGAGAUGUUUGGACCAGCUGCAGUCGACUUUAAACAAGCAAAUUGAAUACAAUGAAGCCAGAGAGAUGCUGUACAAGCAUUUGGCUUUUGAAAGAGAAAAUGCAAAAGCUUUGCAGAGCCCUCCUGCAAAGGAGAACUGUGACUUUACUGAGCUGGUGCAACCCUACCAAAAGGCUAGCUCUGAGAAACAGCUACCUGCCUCUCUAGCUGCAGCUUUAGAUGCCCAAAUAAGAAUACACAGGGAAGUCAGACACACAGCUAGUUGUUUUAGUUGUGGAGAAUUGAAUCACUCUCAGGAAGAUUGCCCAUGGAAACCCCUAAUUGCAACAUUCCACAAACACCCUAACAGCAGAGAAAUGACUCAGUUGUACCAAGGGUGUCAUACACAAAACAAAAGAUAUGCUGCAAGCAUUGUAUUGCUUGUAAUAGCAUUGCUAGCUGUACUCUUUUUUAGCACCACUUUUCAUGUGCAAAAGAGAAAACUACUUAAGGCAAGCCACAAUAUACCAAUAACCAGCCCCCAAAAUAACCAUGUACCCUGUACCCCAAAGAAAGGUGACAGGUGGAAAACAUUACAGAUGUUGACAGCAGAACACGCAGUCAAAAAACAUGCAGAAACCUUGCAGAUCGGACUGCCUCUACCUAUAAAGGUUUCUAGCAAAUUUGGUCACGAGUGGUAACUGAUUCAAAAAACCAUUCCUUUACCAUUCUCCGUCACCCUGAGGAUGCCCAAAAACCCCUCUUUUCCAUCAUGGUUUUAAGCAGUGCACAGACUAUCCAAACUCACUGCUGGGCUGCAUUUCCUCAAGGGAUGCAAAAUACCUCGAUAAAGUAUCAAACAGCCAUAAUACACCAUUAUGCAGAGGACACAUUAAUAACCAAGACCACAAGAAAUGAACUGCUAAUUGUUUCUGCUGUUUUAACCAAAACUGCCCAAGGUGCAGAUCUUCAAGUUGUUUCAGGAAAAAUCCAACAACCACAACUCUGGACUUGCCAUGGACAAGACAACACAGCAAAAAGGCUCUACACAGGUGACACAGCUCGAGGCUCCCUCUUUUCCUUCGGUUGCCGUGAGUGUGCCGGACACCUCUGGCAGGACUAACCCUGUCGCUUUUAUGUCCAACGUGCUGUUUGCCUGCAGUAUCCUGUAUAAGACAAAGCUACCUUUCCUCGUGGGAAUGGACUGGCCGGGCUUUGGCAGUCUGGCCCCUAGAAAGACUAAGUGACCUCCUCCAACAGGGGAAGACUGAAGCAAGCGGUGCCAGAAAGAACUGGAGUUUCUGAAGAAUAAAAGCUGGAAGUAUGCCCCCGAAAAUCCCCCCGGGUGGUCAGUGGUCUGACUUCCACAGACUGGUGGCCUUGGCCAGGAGCGGUCCUGCCGGCCUGUAAUUUUAAUUUCCUGCCCAGGCUGUAAUUUUAAUUUCCGUUGGGUGCUGGCAAAGCCCCUCUGGGUGAGCCCCAGUGCCUGGCAUGAGCGGAGCGGGCUUCCAGGGCACUCAUUGCAGGCGUUGUGUUUAAGGGAAGAGCAGGGGAGCCUUUCUCUGUCCCAGAGGAGCUGCAGUGUUCUUCCUCUCUGGAAGACUAAGAACUAAAAAAAUAAAAAACCAAACGCGAAAGAGAAGAAAAGAAAAUGAAAAAUAAUAAAGAGAAUA